GGCUUAUGUUGUCAUUUUCCGUUUUCUUCCAAACUACCAGUCUCCCAACCAAUCUAACUACAAACUUACCAAUAAUAAGCAAUAGAAAUAAGAUCUGUAUAUAAUUAGGCAAGCUAUAGCUUCUCUCUUCAUCAGUCUUGCGUGUCGGUAAUCAAUCCUAACUUCAGCUUAAUACUUUCUCUUUCGGGAAUUCUCCAGAAUCUGAUUCCUCAUUUUCAAAAGACAAUGAAUCUCAAGGAAAAUACUACUACUACUGUUUGUGUAAUGGAUGCUUCUUCUUCACUUGGGUUUCAGCUUGUUCAUUCCCUCUUGCGUAGAGGCUACCUUGUUCAUGCUGUUUUUCAAUCCCAUUCCCAUUCCCUUUCCCAAGGGGAGUUGCACAACAAGAUUGUGCAGGGUAUCAGUGAAUAUAACAAAAACCUUAACAUCUUUCAAACUGAUCUAUUGGAUUAUCACAGUAUCCUUCGCACUCUUACUGGUUGCUCUGCCUUGUUCUACACAUUUGAACCCCCACUCGACCAUCCUCUUUAUGAUGAAUAUAUGGCGGAAAUAGAGGUAAGAGCCGCACAUAAUGUUCUGGAAGCAUGCGCACAGACGCCUACCAUGGAGAAGGUUAUCUUCACUUCUUCUGCCACUGCUGUCGUUUGGCCAGCUAGUCGUAAUGGCUCUUCUUUAUCGUCAUGUGAUGAUGUUGAUGAAAGAAGCUGGAGCGAUAUCAACUUCUGUAAAAAGUUCAAGCUAUGGCAUGCGCUGUCAAAAACACUAGCAGAGAAGGCAGCAUGGGCACUCGCAAUGGACAGAGGGGUGAAUAUGGUUGCAGUUAAUGGAGGGCUGUUGUUAGAUGAUAAGCCUACUAUUCUCCCAGCAACUGCUAAUAACAAGCACAUAAAUCCUAAUCAUCUUCCUGCAUACCUUAAAGGCGCAGCUGAGAUGUAUGAGCAUGGAGUUCUUGUGGCCGUAGACCUUCAGUUUUUGGUGGACGCCCACAUUUGUGUAUUUGAAGAAGUUGCAUCGUAUGGUCGUUACCUAUGCUUCAACCAUGUCAUCAACUGCCACGAAGAAGCUGUAAAUCUUGCCGCCAAAUUCAUGUCCACUCCACCUCAAAGCUCCAAUAAGGAUACAAGAGUGUUUCCACAAAGGAUAAGCAACAAGAAACUCAAUAAGUUGAUGGGUGUUACACAGAUGUCGGAGCUGCUAGCCUGCUACCACAUACUGCGUCCAUUGAAAAGGCAGACGCACCUACUUCUGUCGUGGUUCAUAUCCUUCAUUUGUCCAUGGAUGACACCACGAGGCGCAAGGCGUGGUAUCCAUCAUUCGCUCCGGUUAGGAGUACCUAGUCAAGGCGAUUGCACUGGGAAAAUUCUUAGGAUCAUAGUUCCAACACUUCAUUCCUGAGCUUCAAAAGCCGGCACAACCUACUGUUGAACCUGUCGAACUUGUUGGCGAAGGGCAAAGCUGCUCUCCACCAUCUGACGUUCAUUUGGACGAGUUGGAAUCGUCAUAUUCCCACGAUGAUGCAGGGUUCUCGCAGGCUGCAAUUGUCUAAUAGUCAUAUCACCGCGUUUUACGAUCGUAAGAGGCCUAGUAUACUAUCACAAUUAGACAUGGUACACGAUGGUGAUUUGGAUUAGAUUACUACAUUGAGUACAUUAAUAUUGUACAUACAUAUUGUUGUAUAUAUAUUUAUAUUAUAUUUAUUAUAAAACAAAUUGUCAAAAAUAAUUUAAUCUUUUGCUCAUCCGAUAUCUGCUAUGAAUAAUUUAACCUAUUGAUUAUUUUUUGUUGAGAUUUAUGGUGACUUGAGUGUACAAAUUGAUUGUGCAUUCAUGUGUGAACUCGUGGGAUGGAAUCGUAUGGAGU